UCGAAUGACGUCACAGACAACGGCAGUUCAUACCGACGGACGGUCAUCUAUAAAUCAUCGCCUAUAUCUGUCACUUUCUUGCUACAUCUAUUAUGGGUAACGCAGUUAGUGCUGCCAAACGAUCCGUUAAGUCCAAUAAGACAUUUACUGUCCCAUGGCGAGGAAAGAGCGGGGAUAAAAUGGUACGCGCUACAUCCAGCGGAAAGACACUGACGAGCGACCAGAUCCUAAGGACUGAUUUACAACUAUCAUCGGAUGACUCGGAAACAAAGAUGGAUAUUUCCGAUGAUUCACAGACAAGUGUAAAUUUGGGUGCCAAGGAUAUCACUGAGAUCGUUAACCUGGGGGACGCCCGAGGAUCCAAGUUUUGUGAUGAAAUUAUUGGACAGCAAAUACUGAAAAAGCCAAAUGAACAGGAUGUACGUUAUGUGUACCCCCCGGGGAAGAAUCAACCGAUAGCACCGGCACCGGCACCGGCACCGGCGGCACCAAAACCGGAUGUCCGUUUUGUCUUCCUUCAGCCAGGACAAAAACUCUCGGACAUUAACCUGGUUCCCAUACACAGCAGUGAGCAAGCUGCCGCCCAAACAACUCAGCCUGGCCAUGUCGUGUAUCUCAACAAGAUUCCAGUUAUUGCAGCACACUCCCCGAGCUUCCCAUCACAGGAUGACAACAGGUCCCCUAGGAUCCCCAACAACACACCAGUCAAAAGCAGUCCAACAUCCGGGAUCCUCCCCUCGCCCGUCACAGCUCGUCACAAGUCCCCGGAUUCAGUAUCCGUCCCAUCGGACCGGGCCAAGGACGUGGUACCUGGCACAGGGGAUCGGUAUCGUACGCCCGGCUCCAGCUUCCGUAACAAGAACGGCAACGUGAAGCGUCCAAUGAACGCAUUCAUGGUGUGGGCGCGCACCUACCGGGCUAAGCUGGCAUCACGUUUUAACACAGACACCAACUCCCAGAUCAGCAUGAAACUGGGCGACGUGUGGAACAGCCUCACUCGGGAGGAGAAGCAACCUUACUACGACCAGGCCGAUUUGAUAAAGAACCAGCACAAGAAGGAAUUCCCGGAUUGGGUGUAUCGCCCGUCCCCUUCCAAGAAACGACAGGAAGAAAGUGCCACCCACAACGUCCUUUGGGCCAGAUUUGGCGGGGGGUCAUCGGCAGCGACUCUGGCGCGCAUUGCAACCGCCGCGGCCAACCACGCGCCACUGGAGAGUCUGCAGAAGGACGCGCCUAGAGGCCAGCCCCGGGUUGUUGGCAGACAGAUUGGAGCGGAGGCACAGGGGACGCUCGGGAAGAUGCAGGAGAACCAGCAUCAGGGACGGCAAGACACCGUCAACCCACCCGACGCCGGCAGGACACUGGACAAUCCCCGCACCCCGGACAUCAACGCCCGGGAGGUCCUCAAGGCCAAGCUCUCUGGUCAGACAAGAACGAGCCACGGCAAUAAAUCUCCGGAGAAGCCAUCGCCACACAGUGCCUCGGGAACAUCGCCGUCUCCCAAGAGGAACUCAACGAACCUUCCGCAGCACAAGUCCCCAGUGAAGAUCGCCAAGAACAAGACGGCGAGAACCACUGUGAAGAAGAAGAAGACAAGUCGCGCCAACGCACCUCGAGAAGACGACAAACACUUGCUGGACCAUCGACCAAAGUCGCCAGGAGCACCACCCACUUCCCCUCGGAGUACCGUCAGUUUGGACUCGCCUAAAAAGGCGGGCGAGAAGAAGACGUCUGUGACGGACCAGAAGCGAGUCAAUUCACCAGCAGAGAGGACUGGAGGAGAAACAUACAGGCUCGGGGAAGAAGAACAGGGAGAUGACUCGUGGCCAUUUCCGUUCCCGCCAUACCAGUACGGACCGUUCGACACCCUCUCCCCGAAAGACGUGCCUUCGGAUGAGAUACUUGGUAUGAGGGCAGGUCGGGCCCGUGAGUCGGAUGAAGAUUCGUCUCGUCCUGAGAGAGUGACGUCAGACCUGUACCUGGACGUUCACAGGUGGAGGUCUUUUCUGACGUCAUCCGGGUCCAACUCCAAGCUGACGGACGAGGAUGUCUAUGAUAUCUUCAAUCCCUCCCACUGUGAUCAUGGACCCGAUUGCCGUGUGUGCACCAGUGACGUUGACCUUGCUCCUAAAUCGCUUCGCGACACCCUGCGAGUGGGUAAAGAUGGUGUUUUCGGUAAUCCCAACGUGUGUCUCGAGGUGGAUUUCAAGGUCGGGCCCGAUUAUCAUAAACCGGAAGAAGAUGUGUCUGCCGUGGACCGGAUAUCCGGCGCCGUGUGCGAAGCACUGAAAGCCCUGAACGAACCUGAUCAUGUAGGCAACGAGUCCCCUGGGUGUGGAGCGGAAACGUCAAUUGUGAUGACGCCAACCACUAGCAGCUCUCCGACCAUGAUCGACAGGGAAACACCAUCAGAUUCCAAGGUGGCGUCUGACUCGGAAACCUCUGACGUCACAGAGAAUGGACAUAAUGGCAUCAGCUAUGUUGACAUCGGUCUUUCGACAGAUCUCACCACGCAUGUGAUGUUCAAACCAACGUCAGAAUCUUCGAGGGAUGACGGAGAGACCCCGGGACGUACGGAUCACCUGGACAAGCGUCACAAUAGGAGUGCGUGCAUUGCUUGCUGCCUCGUGGAAAACGCGCAGGAACAAUUGAAACGUGGUGGACGGAUGAAAGAUGCUUCUCCCACGGACGAUCCCGAUUUAGCAUCAGAGAUGCCUCGCAGUGUCAGAAGCUUAAGAAGCGCCCCCGGUCCCCGGCAACGUCAGGUAUACAAGAUGGACGACAGUAAUACACGGAUGGCUAGACUGGCCCCUGACGUCACUCAACUCAUUCCUGUGAGGUCCAGCGAUAGUGAGAGUCAAAUGCGAAGUGACCUCUACCACAGGAAAAUACAGCUUCAUUCUGAUAUCUCCAAGUAUAAGAUAUUUGACACCAACAAGAAUGCGAGUGAACAGGUCGGCUCGAGGAGGUUAAAGUCAGCUCAGCUAGCACGGGGUGAACAGACGCUUAAACUCCGGGCAUGUGAUGGCGAGGGUGUCAGGGGAAGGGGGAGCCUAAGUUUGGGGAAUAUGAGUGCAGACUGCAGCCUGGAUGUGGAACUGGAUAGCGUAGAGGGAACUGUGAUGAGGCUGGGGGAGCGGGAAGGCGGCAGGAAAGCAACACGAAACAGGGGGGCUGCUUUUCCAUGUGAUGAUGACAGAAAGCCGCGAGGGAAGAAGACAAGUAAAUCCAAGAGUCUCGAGUCCGGGGCAGCCGUUGGUGAGGCCGACAUGUGUCGGGGGGACUCGAUUUCCAGAUCGACACAGCCAACGUCUCCGACUAAGCCGAACAUGGAGAUCCUGAAGACCUUGAUAGUCACUGAGAAAGACGGCCUUGGGUGUGCUGCGACGGAGGACAUAGACAAGUCGGAAUGUACGGCUGCGGAUACUGAGAGACCGGGAUGCCCCAAGACUGAUGCUUCUCCCGGGCUGAAUGAGAGGACGAAGUGGAACAGGCGACAGUCUUUCCGGAACCGGAGUCAGAUGACCUCGAGGAUCUACGCAUCCCGCCAGACGCUGUCACUGUUGCAUAGAGGCAGGAUGAUCAACAACCUCGCCAGGCCUACCAGGUCCAAGCCGAGGUGAACCUGCAGACACUGUUACAUGGAGACUUUCUGUUUCCUGGGGUGGCACAGUCUUGGGUGACACUUCCUUCUGGGUUGGCACUUCUUUUUGGGGUGGCGCCUCCUCACAGCCUUCCUGUCACAUAACUGAUUCAUCCGCAUCCUUGGUGAUAGAAGUCAUUAUGCCACGGCGACUGUGAAUAUGGAACGGUGAUCUAUUUGCUGAAAAAGACUGAAACAUACAUGUGUUUAUGAAUUAUGAAGUGUAAUAAAUUCAGAUCAGUGUGGUU